GGAGAGUCAGAGGGUUUAUUUAACUCGUCGCUCUGUCCUCCCCCACUUUCCCAACGCGCCACCAACAGGGUUGCCUUCCUUCUGCGGCAGGAGCACGGCGUGGAAAUCGCCGGGACUAACUUGAUUCUUGAAUAACCUUCACAUUAUUACUUCUUAUUCUAAAUAAUGAGAGAUUAAUACAAAGCUUGAGCAGUUUUUUUAAGCAUUUAGUGCAUUUCACUAACUGCUUUUUUUUUCGUAAAUAAAUGCGUAUGUGUUUGUGACUGCAUUGGAAAAGUACCUCGACUUUGCUGCGUAAUUGGAGUAAAAGGAAUGGAGCGAAUUCCAAGCGCGCAACCACCUCCUCUGUCCAAACACCAGGCUGAUCUGUCAGACGUGCAAGGGAUGGAUUUCCCGAUGUAUGUUUAUAAACCCAGGCGAGGAAUGAAGAGAGGAGAAGAGAGCAAGGAAACCUACAAACUGCCUCACAGACUUAUUGAGAAGAAAAGGCGCGACCGGAUAAACGAGUGCAUCGCUCAGUUGAAAGAUUUAUUACCAGAGCACCUGAAACUCACGACUCUGGGCCAUCUCGAGAAGGCUGUGGUUUUAGAGCUUACACUCAAGCACGUGAAAGCCCUCACCUCUCUUCUGGAGCAACAGCAGCAGAAGAUCCUCGCUCUGCAGAACGGCAUGCAAAUUGAGCAGCCUCCUGUCAGCCAGGAGAAGUCAGAGGAGCUGUUCCGCUCUGGCUUCCACAUGUGUGCCAAGGAGAUGCUUCAGUAUCUCGGCAAUCACGAGACCGACGGAGGCUUCACGCCAUCCCACGUGAUCAAUCACCUCCACAAGGUAGCCGCAGAGGUGCUGCAGAGUCCGGUGCGACCCCGCACUCCUCUCAGCCCCCGAGCGGAGGAAGUCCCUACCUACCACCAGCACCAACCUCACAAAGAGAUGCCCACCAGCUUACCCCCUAAACCCAGCGAAGGCUAUGGGAGGAACUGUGUGCCCGUCAUCCAGCGGGCGUACGCUCCGCCAAGCAGCGAGCAGAGUGGCAGUGAUACAGAUACAGACAGCGGCUAUGGUGGAGAGCUGGAGAAGACGGAAUCUGGGGCACCACAGGGUCGCCAAGAUUACUACAGUCAGGAGAGCCAUCUGAAGCGAGCGCUGGGCGAGAGGCAGAGCUCCAGCAUCAAGCAGGAGGAUGACGAACCGCGGCACAAACGAGCCCGGGCGGAAUCUGAGGAUGAGGUGCUCUCAGGUGGAGAAUCAUCGGCGUCAUCGUCCUCCAGCGGCUAUGGCAGUUACAUGAGCGUCUCCCCCAACCAUCCACCUCCUCCACAUCCACUCUGCAUGCCUUUCUACCUCAUUCCACCCUCUGCUGCAGCCUACCUGCCAAUGCUGGAGAAAUGCUGGUACCCUGGGGCCGUGCCCAUGCUGUACCCCGGCAUGGGAGGCUCUGCAUCCUCCAUGCCCAGCGAAAGACCGCCUCCACCUCAGCUAGUGAUGUCUCCAAGGGGAGGCUCUCCAGCCCCAGCCAUAUCUCAGACCCCCAUGGACUCCCCCGCCCUCCUUCAGGCACUAAAACAGGUACCACCCCUCAACCUGGAAACCAAAGACUGAGAGAUCAGAGAACAGGGGUAAUCCUGUACCCCAAUGCAAAGACAGUAGUAGGAAUGAGACAUGACUGAGCCUUUCCCUAAUCCAUCCUCAUUCCCGUCCUCUGUUCUUCAGUCUGGAGGUCAAACAGCAAACUAGAGGACUUGUAGAAAUGAUCAAGAGGAGAUGGAGGAGAGAGCAACAUCCGUCCACGCUCGGAGGAUGAAAAGUUCUGGUUGAAUGUUAAAAUGCUCAGUGGUAUUACUCAGUGCAAAUGUAUCAUAUAAACUGGACCUGCCCUGCACACACACCCACACACACUUGGUUGAAUGUAAAGAAAGAUACUUUUUAGAUGCUGCUGUUGAAGUCUAAAAGCCGAUGACACUGAUGCAUCUCACUUGUAGCUGUUGCAGUAGAGACACGCCAUCUUUGUACUUUAGAAAGUGUUGCACCAAAUGUUAGCGGUAAUUUCACCCAAAGUUUGUCGCCUAUGUCCUUUACGUCACCAUUAUUAUCACUGAGAAUGCCCUUUUAACCAGACAUUGUGAUGCCUGGCACCAUAAGAUACAAGGGUUUCCUCAAGUGUGUACAGACAUGAGUUAGGGUACACCCAAUGCACGGAUGAAGGAAUGGGCCACCACAUAACCACACUGAAUGAGAAGUCUUGUUUUUCAUUGACAAACAGACAAUUAAGAUGGGUUUUCUGUAAUUACUGUUCAUAGACUUCUUGUACAUUUCUAUUUUUGAUACCUGUUCUCGCACUCUGUCCGUCCAGAGAGAUAGAAGUUGGGCAGAGUGUGGACAACUGUACGUUGCAUACUCAGAAACUGUGUACAUACUGUAGCACUGUGCUGGACCUGGUCUGCAUACUCAACAUCUGUUUCUGCUCAAGUCAAACCUGGUGUUUGUUCUUGCUGUUGCCUUUUACUUGUGAAAAGCUGAUAAAUCUCAGAUGUUUAUUCUCUGUACUGCGUAUGAAUACUGGAGUCAAAGGAGUGAGGAGGAGAGAAGUUGAAUGUAAAAGUUUUACCAGAAGACUAGUUUUCUAUAGAAAGAGGUACUUGAGAUUUUAUAUUUUGGGACCUACAUGAAAGAUGUUUGAUGUACAUAUUUUGUCUAUAAAUGUUGGUAUACAUUAUAUAAGUGUAUUAAUAAAGUAUUUUUUUUCCUGUGGAAAA